ACUUUUGAACACCAAGCUGAGCUGUGUUUACGAAUUACGUUCACACGCUAAUGUGGCCGCAUGAUUUUGCAAGAACGAGUGGAUAUUAGCGCGAAAUUUUGUUUUGAAAAUGUCGAACUUAUAUGAAUUAGAAGUGUUAGCAGGGAUGAAGCGGUCGGAGUUACAAAAAUUGGCAAAACAGCAUGGCAUCAAAGCUAAUAUGAAGACUGAUGGCUUGAUCAAGGCCCUGGCAGCAGUGGUAGACUCAAACUUAGAAGCAAGCAAUAAAGUGUCAUCUGAAGAAGACACUACAUGUAAAUCCUCAGCCUCAUCCACUGAAGACCAGUCUGAAGUUGAAGCUUCUGAGGAGAAACCAAAAAGCGGCCGGGGAAGGGGAAGGAAGCAGAGGAGAGGACGAAAGGCUAUCAAGGAAUCACCAGAGAAAGAUCUUAAGAAAGAUGUGAUUGCCGGUGGUGACAAUGAUACACUAUCAUCUGCUACAGAAUCAGAUAAUCAGGCAUCGAGUGUUACAGAGGAUGAGAAGGCAUCCCCAGUUGCCAAGAAGUCGAAAGCAAAGUCGAAAGGGAGAGGAAGAGGCAGACGAGGGAAGCAGACCAAGGAGGAAGUUUUAGAACAGAAAAUGGACCUAGUGGUUGCUCCAUCAGCAGCAGCAGUGACAUCCUCUCCAGCAGUCUCAGGGAGACGAUCUAGAAGCCUACAAAGAACACCUCUCGUCAGUGAACCAACAUUACCAACACCACCAAACUCUGGCUCCAGCAGGAAAGUCAAGAGAGCAAUCAGACGCACCACGCACACUCCUCAACCAGCAGUCAUCCCUGCUCAAACAACUCCAUCUUCAUGUACCCCUAAGCCUGCACCGUCUUCCAACAAAAGGUCAUCAAGAACAACCCCGCUCACCGCCACUCCCAAGACCACACCAGCAACCAUCAAGACCCCUGCUGAAGCCAAGACCAGAGGGUCAACGGGGAAGAGAUCAGCCAGUGGGUCAGCAGGGAGCAAAGCUAAGAAGGUACGAAGAGGAACAUUUGAUAAGUCACCGGCUAAGGUUGCCGUCGAAGCACCCAAGAGCAACAGUUCGCUGAAGGAUGAAAUCAUGGCUGAGAUCGAUAGGAAGGUCCAGAUGCACGUUGCCAAAUCUAAGAGUAGUAUCCCGACCAGAGUGCAAGCAACGAAGAAGACGCCGGGCAAGAAAAACUGGUCCAAGACUCAUCAUGGAGCUCUGGACAAGAUGGAAUCCAUUGAUGCCUACCUAGAGAGGAAACAAAAGAGAGCAGAAGCUUUAUCUGCCACCAAGAAGCACAGGAUCCCAGCUGUUGCUAAGCCUGUCCUGAAACCAAAAGGCUUUGACUUUGCCUCCCCUAAGCCAGGUAACAAGCCCAAGAACUUCAGCUUUGCAUCUCCCAAGCCCACAAAGACAAGCAUGCCCACCAAUCCCAAGUCGGCUAAGACAGUCUCCUUCAAGGUUUCCAAGCUUAAAACCCCAAAGAAGGUUACCCUGCCCAGUUCCGUGGCUGCUCCCGCCGUCGAGAAGCGCAAGGCUACUCCUGGUGUCCGCAAGUCAAUAUCCGCACUGACUCCUGGAUCAGUGUCAAGGAGAUCAGUUGGAGGGAUGACUCCGGGUAAUGAGAGGAAGUCUUUUGGAGGUACCAAGACACCCUCAAGGAAAUCAGUAGGAGGAUUGAAUGCAGGAGAUAGCAGGAAAUCACUGGGGGCUACAAAGACCCCGUCCAGGAAAUCAGUUGGUGGUGCUUUGACUCCGUUUGGCAAGACAGCGAUGGCCACAUCAGCAACCAAACCCAAGAACAUGUUUGACCUCAAAGCAUCUCUGUCCAAGCCUCUUUCAUACAAACCCCACACAGGAAAGCUGAAACCGUUUGCCGAGAGCAAAAUCAACAGCGCCAACGUCAGGGCUCCUCCCUCCAAUGUAGCGACAGCGAAGACGAUGAUGAAGAAACCCCCGUUGAAGGGGCGCGAUGCGAGGAGGGCGGGUAACAUCAAACAUCGUACUCAGAAGAGAAACGAUAGCUUCAUGGCUAACAGGGGUAUCACCGGAUGCUAGGAUUACCCUCCACUGAUUUUUAGAUGUUAUAAUGAUGAUUGUAAAUAUUGAACUGAAAUUCACCAACGGUUUCUCAAAUCUUAUUACAAAAAAAGCCAACAACUGGGGGUUCUGGGCUAUUUUAAUACCCAUUCUCACCUAGAUUUUUUUAAGAGCCCGGUAAAACUAAAAAAGAGCCCCAAAAUUCCCACAAGACCGAUGUAAACUGUAAUGUAAUGGAAUAAACUUUGACUGGUGAUAUCAAAAAGUAGCCCUGGAAUUUUUGUUUUUUUUUUUAUCAAUCUUUGGCCUUGAACACAUAGAUGGAGGAAAGCCUCACUUCAUAUAUUGUGAAUGGCAAUAUUCAUGAGGACAUUAAACAAUAUACUACCUGGGUCAUAUUUAGAUUACUGCCCCAGGGGAAAGGAGAAACCAACAAACCCUGAUAAUUAGGUAUAUGGCCAAUGGGAAAGAUGUCCCUGCCUCUUGUCAUAAUUUACUUACCCAGUUGCCAAUUUGAAGUCGACAUAGUCUUAGGGAUAUCAAUUUUAGAACAGCCAUAACUUAUUGCUUGUCCGAUUUCUUUCAAACUUUCACCAUUCUGUUUUUUUUUUCUUCUUUCCAACACAACAUUUUAUGACCAAGGCUGGAUAUCCCUUUAAUAGUUUUGAGAUAACUUUUCCAUUGUAUGCACAAUGAUCACUGUAGGCAGAAUUUUUCUCUUGAUAUUUAAUUGAUUUUCACGUCCUCAAAAAUUAAUUUUUUUUUAAUAAUAAAAUAUUUUGUAAAUGAGGCAGAGGAGGUAACUAUAUUUCAUCCUCAAAAUGUUGUUCUAAAGUUCAUUAAAACAUGAA